GUCAGUCCUCUACGUAUCCUCCGUUUCUCUCUCGCGCUCUGUUACCGGGAUAAACACCAUGAACGAGACGGAGGGGCUCCGAUUCCGGCGGGUCCACCGACCGCAGGUCAUCACCGACGAGCUGCCCGAACACCGACUCAAGGGGACCGGCACCUACAGCGGGAAGGUGUUCCAGGUCACGCUCCUGUCUCUGGGUGGAUUCCUGCUGCUCCCUCUGCUCUUCAUCCUCCUCGUCCUCGAGUCCCCCAUCCACCCCGAGGUGUUCAGUCUGAAGGAGCCCCCCCAGAUGAAAGGCUGCUGGGAGCCCAACCUGAAGCUGCGUGAGGCUGAGAGACUCUACGAAGAUCACCUCCUCGGACCCGAGUCAAUCGCCAACAUCGGAGACGUGCUGUACGCGGGAACAGCUGACGGGAAGAUCGUCAGGCUGAUUGGCCGAAGGAUCCACACGGUGACGCGGCUGGGGAAGCUUCCCUGUGGCUCCAGGGAGCAGGAGGAUAGCUGUGGGCGGCCCCUGGGGCUCCGGGCGGGGCCCAACGGGACACUGUUCGUGGCCGACGCUUACCUGGGGGUGUUCGAGGUCAACCCGUCCACAGGAGAGACGACGCGGCUGGUGACAGGGGGGCAGCUGGUGGCCGGCAGGAAGCUGUCGUUCAUCAACGACAUUGCGGUGACACGGGACGGCAGGAAGCUGUACUUCACCGACUCUAGCAGCAGGUGGCAGCGCAGGGACUACCUGCAGCUGCUGAUGGAGGCCACGGCCGACGGGAGGGUGCUGGAGUUGGACCUGGAGACCCGGGAGCUGACGGUAGUGAUGGAGAACCUCAGGUUCCCGAAUGGGAUCCAGCUGCUUCCUGACGAGGAGUCGGUGCUGGUGGCCGAGACCACCAUGGCCCGGAUCCGCAGAGUGCACGUGGCCGGGCUGAACAAAGGAGGGAUGGACACGUUCGUGGACAAUCUGCCCGGUUUCCCUGACAACGUGCGGCCCAGCUCCGGGGGGGGGUACUGGGUGGCCAUGUCGGCGGUGCGGCCCAACCCCGGGUUCUCCAUGAUGGACUUCCUGUCCCAGAGGCCCUGGAUCAAGAAGUUCAUCUUCAAGCUCUUCAGUCCCGAGGUGCUGAUGAAGUUUGUGCCUCGCUACAGUCUCGUGGCGGAGCUGCAUGACGGCGGAGUUUGCACUCGCAGCUUCCACGACCCGGGCGGCCUGGUGGCAGCUUACAUCAGCGAGGUCCAUGAGCACGACGGGAGUUUGUACCUGGGCUCCUUCCGCUCACCGUACAUUGCCAAACUGGACCUGAACAAGGUCUAGAGGAGCGGCCGACUCACGGCCGCAGCAGGACGUCCUGAAGCAGCAGGAAGCUGCGUGGCGGCGCAGUGACAGGGUCCACACCACAGCUCUGUAGAGAACCUGCGUAUCAAACCUGUAUUCCUACACCCGCCCUGAAGGCAGCAUCCCCGCGGUCCUAUGGGAUCUCACCAUUGACCUCCAGACCAGGGGUCAGAGAGGAAAUGCUGAGUCAUGGCCGGGCUUCUGUGUUCUGCUGCCUCUUUACUGUGCUUCACUUUCUUUAUCUACCCGUUAGCUUGUCUAUGUCGGAGGAAGUGAAACACGCCCACCAGGGUCACUAGAACCUCUGGUACUGGUUCUACUAGGAGAUCAAACAGUGACUAUGGGAAGCUUCUUCCGCUGGGGUUAAUGCUAACGUCUGAGUCGUGUUGGGUUCAACUUUGUCCAUUAAAUCAUGUUUCUAGAGGAGGGGGUGGGGGAGAUGGGGGGUUGUGGGGGGGGGGUAGUUUAGUUUCUGAGUCUGUGAUGAUGCUGACCUGCUGAGAAUAAAAUCCACUAAUGCUCUCUGAUGGCUAACGGGUUAGCUUGCUCACUGUAGCGUCACUAGCAAGCUAUGCUAAUGAGUUUAGCCAUCUUUAUAUUUAAGCUAACUUCAUUUCUCUACGGGCCGGCCUUUCAACAACCUUUAUCCCUCUGCUCUGAGGUCAGAUCUGAGCAGCAGAGAGAAACUGAGGGUCGCUUCAGGAAUAUUUUGUUGUUGUGUAUUAAAUUCUGGUCCAUCUUUAA